UUGCGCUCCGUGGGUGAUUGUCGGUUGAUUCUCCAGUGUGUGUUUGCGUUGUUUUUUUUUUCUUCUUUCGACUGAGCUUCAGGAGGAAGGAGGUGGACAUUUUUAUUCUAUUUGUGUUUCGGAACUCGCACGUGUAAAUAAAGAGGAGGAUUUCGUUGUUCGGUCGUCCCCUCGGUGGGGUAGUGGUUCUGUGUGAUGGUGACAGAUGAAAAGCGGAUCUUGACAUGAAUGAUGAUGAUAUGAUUAUGGAAUUGUUGACAUAGAUUUUAUUCCGUUGGCACUGGCCUGUGGAAUACGGAACAGCUGUGGGUGGCGGAUGAAAAGAAGAUCCGGAGUGGGGUUUCUGAGUAGAAGUGGAUUUCGUGGACUUUGGAAAUGUGAGUCCAAGCGAAGCGAGCUGUGAGAAUAAAAAAUCGCACCCAAAUGGAGCCCUCCGUCCUUGUCGAGGUGGAAAUGUACCCCGUGUCACUUUGACAUAUGUGAAAUGUUCCGUGAAUUCCGUGGCACAUGUGAGUCGGCAAGAAAAAUCGUUAUCCGAGUGCCUACUGGAAAUGGGUGCUCAUUAGGGGCCUGUGUCGCGUACCUUGAAACGAGCCAAUGAUAAAUGUGGCGGAAAAAAGGUUCCCCGGCAGCGGCAGCAAGGAUUGAACAAAAAAUGCUGCUUAAAAGAACGGAAGUGUGUAUUGCCAUUUGUUAGCACCAUCGAACAACGACGGUGAAGUGCCAGCAGCAGAAAAAAAGUAGUUUCAACUGGAACGACGUGAAAUUUUGCGGUGCACUUUUCCGAGAGGGAGGAUGAUUUUGGAGGAAGCUUGUGAGAGGAAUAUAAAUGGCACAUAGUUGCGUGUUGUUAGCUUAGUGAAACUGAUCCCUGCCAAUCAGUGGAAAUGAACCAAUCACGCCCGUUCCGCAAACCACCGGACGUGGAGGAGGCGCUAUCCUCCAUGCUCUGGACGCCGUACGACAAUAACGCCUCGGACUCCGAUUCCUCGGUCGACGAUGGACCUGCACCACCAGUGGACCACCUAUCUCUGACCCCGGGGAGAUUCAGUAACAGCGUCACCAAUAACAAUCAUCUCCAAUCGUCGUCGAUGAAGCGAAGCUUAUCCGACUGGAACUAUCGAAGCUCCAGUGAUGGCGUCAAAACUGGAUCCCUUCUCUACCAUCACGGUAGCAAUCGCUUUAGCUACCCCUACUAUGGCUUCCAUCCGGCCGCCACCGCUGUGGGUGUCGAUGGUUAUUGGAAUAGUAAUAAUAUUUACACUAAUGGCUACCCAGGACCGGCGAACGCCACGACGACGACGAUGACGGCAGCGACAACAACGAUUUUCCCAGUACUGCCUCCCCAUCCAAUGCCACCACCCCUUCUCGAUUGGAAGCAAAUCCGCUCAACUGCGACCGGAAUCUAUCAUCCACCGGUGGCUCCGAUGGUUCCGACGAUGACCACCACCACCUCGUUACUUCCGUUCAGUUUACUCAGCAUGGACUCAAUCCCAUUGACCGGCGUUGGAGCGACGGCGACGAUGACGCCUUCUGCUGCUUAUGGCUUCUGCGAGGAUGAUCUGAUUAACUCCAACAUGACGAUUGGCGUCAAUGACACCUUCGGUGAUUAUCAGGUUUACCCCAUUACACCGGUUGCUGCUAGUGGUGGUGCUUACCUGAGCCACCCGAACAACAUGAGACAUCAACCAUCGUCAUCCUUCGCGGCAUCAGGUUACGGCCAGUCGAACGACAGUAACAAUAACAACAACAACUGCGACGACGGCGGCGGCGACGACUACCACUAUGACAAUAACGACAGUCUAUGCAGAAUUUCCGCAAUACUUAAGCCAGUCAUGCGCAGCAGCAGGUCGCACAGCGGCAACGUCGGAGACCUACAUUUCUCAAAGCAUCAACAACGACCGCAGCAUAGCAGCAUAGAGACUGCAACUGGUUCAUGUUCCGCCAUCGCGACGUCGGGUGAAUCCUAUGUUGGAUGCAGUUCGAAUGAACGUCCAAAGUGGAAUGAGCAAAACAUAAGUCCGUUUAACGGCUACCACCACGAGCACAUGGAGGGUGGUUGUGAGGGUGAAGCAGCUGACGAUGAACGCUGCGAUGGGAGGGAAUGGCAAUCGACGACGACGGCGACUCCGACGGCUGGAUUCGAUCGUUCCAUGUUUAGUAGUGUGCGGAUAGUGAACGGAGAAACAUACGCGUACGGUGAUCUUCCCGCGUCGGAGCGUCGUUUGAUCGCUGCGACCGACCGACAGACGAUCGAGCGGAUUUCUAGUUCUAGUGAUACUAAUAGUGCCCAUAAUAACAACAUUAGCCGGAGUUCUAGCCGGGCUUUGGAUAAUAUUCGUGGUUUUGGUCGCAGCGUGCGGGAUCGGUUCGUCGACAUAAUGCGGCUGAACGUGCCAGCGGCCCCCGAGGGCAGCCGGACCAGUGUUUACAUUCCGUCCUCCGAAGGGACGACCACAGUGGCCAGUGCGGCGAAUACGGAUAGUGCAAUCUCGCACAGUGAGGGUGGACCGAGGCCUACCCUAACCAUUCAAGUGAAUUGUGUCGAUACCAAUAAUGAGGUGCAAAAUGAUGUUGUAAAUAAUGUGUCCUCUGGAGUAAGCAUCGUGAAUUGCUACCGAGAGACGCCCAAAAGUGCUGCCGAUGGUUCCAGUGAAAAUGAUAACGGUGAAGCUACAGAAGGUCAAUUCUACCCAAGUGAUGUUAACAGUGCUAAUUUGAAUCCUACGGCUAUCGAUAGAAAUCCUGUAAAUAUCAGUGCAAAUGCAGAGCAAAUGGUUCAUGUUUCUAACACAGUAGUGCAAAGUGGCUCCAACGAUUCCAAUUCGAUCGAGAGUAGUUAUAACAAGAAGAAUAGUGCUAGCAAUCAAACUACCCCCCAGUACCACCAGAUGGAUAUCGACCGGAUCGAACCCGCCAACAGCAAUCGUACCUACACUUCAACCGAAGCCCAAACCGACGAUCCUCCGAUUCCCAUCCCUCGUGGAGUGGUACCCCCUUACGUCCAUCCCCAUCAUGCUGCUCCCAUGUUGCCUCCGCCCUUGCUCCUAUCCCCACCACCCGGAUCCGAGUUCAGCACUCGGGAACAUCGUCGUCGGGAGCGUCGUGAGCGCCGCCAAGCCCGCAACCGGAUGCAACAUGUGCACCCGAUGGACCAACCACCGCCACCGCCGCCGACUCUAAUUCGGCCACCGCCGCUCGAAAUCAUACCGGAUAUACUGCACAGCCAUCUGCCGCCGCCGUACACGACCCUGCCGAUGGGGGCCACCGUACUGCCGGCUCCACCACCGAUCUUGCCAGCAGUGGUCCACCCGGCAGCGGUGCACCAUCGGGCUGCUGCUGCUGCUGCGGCGGCGGCGGCGGUCGGAGCCGACGAUUGCCGGUACUCGUUCCCGAUCCCGAUUAUGAGAAGCUCACCAUCGGAACGCUCACGGAAGGGCUGCUGCGGCCAUUGGUUCGCCGGGCCACCACUGCGGGCGCUCAUCGCGGUGGUGGCCCUGGGCGGUGUGGCGUGCGCUCUCGGGGGUGCAGCACUCGGUGCAACCGGACUCGCCGGCUCACCUACCUCACAUCUGACGGCGGCCUUACUGAUGAUUGGUGUUGGAGUGAUUCUGGUGACCGUGAGCGGAGCUGCCUGGCGAAUGACGGCUCCCGGAGCGCCACCGUGUCUUGGGCUGGGAUCCACCGUGGACCUGGGGCGAUGUUCGCGACGGCCCUGUGGGCGGGGUGGCAGCACACCCCACGGGCUGCUGUAUCCGGAGUUCCAGCAUCGGCCACCACCGCCAUCCUACCAGGCUAGCAUGCAGGAGUACAGAUUAAGGCUUCUUCUAUUGGAUAGAGAUCGUCAAUCUGGAAGAAUGCGCAGCACGGCGUCACCCCCACCCACCUAUCGAUCCAACGUCGGGAGCCUUCUGAGAAUCCCCCUCACCUCGCGGUACAACACAAAUAAUGCCAACGGUGCCACAAGCGGUGGCAGCAGUACCAGCAUUUUCGGUGGCAUCAGUGGCAUCAUCAGCGGUGCCAUGGGCAGCAGUACCAACAGCAUCAACGGAAUAGCUACGCAUUCGCCUCCUCCCACCGGCGCCGAUCUUGCCACAUCAACGACGACGCUGCUGUCGGAUCCAACUGGUGCACCGCCGCCAACUUAUCGCACCAUUGACCGCAGGAAUUCAUCAUCGUCCUUGACGGCGGCCACGACGGGUGACCAUCAGGUGCAGAUUCAGCAUCCGCUACAAACAUCGACGGCGACGACACCUACUGGUGACAGCAGCGCUGUCGAAGGUGAUGUCAACCUAAUAAAUGAUGAUCAAAUUGUACCCAUCAAGACCGGAACGGGGGCGACCGGACGGACGCCUUCGAUUAUUAAAAUAGACGACGGUAAAUCAACAGCUGCCACCGGAACGGCGACGAUCCAGCCGGAUCCGACGCCACAUAAACAACGAAAUUCAAUUACACGGGAAAUAAUUGAAAGCGAUAGUAAUAAAGCCAGCGAAAACGUUGCAAACAAGGACUUAGUUACGAUUGUUACCAUUUCCGGUUCGCUCGAGCAGCAGCAACAACAUUUGAAUAAAUCCGUGUACGGUAGCUCUGCGGGCAAAGUGACCACCAAAACUGGCGGUGCAAAAGGCGGUGCAUCCCAAGGGAACAGGAAAGCGUCGUCCGGACAUCUAUAGUCGAAGGGGAAGACGCGGUGGGAUGAAAAUUUGACCGUACCACGCCGGGAUGAUCCGGUUGCUUUGGCAGAACACACGUACACAGAUGUAUAUUGAUAUAACGACAUUAAUUCACAAACACAUACACACACACACACAAAAGGAAAACCUACGCCAUGGAAGUCUAGUUUUGCUACGAAUAUAUAUUUUUUAUGAUGCUUUGGAGUCGGAACGGGAUGGUUAUUGUGUGUUUGAGUUUUUUUUUUCUGGCGUCGAAAGUUCGGGUGAAUAGAAAUUGUUAUUUGGUAGAUGGAUCUCCAAUAUUGUAACGGAAUUUGGAUCGACCUAGUUCUUCUAACGUUCGGAAUAGUGCGUUUCCUGCGAUUUCUAAAUGGGUUAGUGUCACGUGGAGGUCGUUCAUUCAGACAGUGAGAUGUAUGACCUAGGUUCAAUGCACUCAAAGCACUUUUACAGCAAAUUCUCAUUGGAUUGAAUGAUAUUUAAAUUAAAAAGUAGAAGGGUCUGUGCCUAGGGGUACGAACCAAAGCUUGACGUAGGAACGCCAGUAGACGAAACAAAUGUGAAGAGCAUUUAGUUCUUUUAAUUGAUCGAUCAUCUAUUAUCUUAACUCUAUCCGUUUUUGAAUUGUAGGCUUACCAAAUUUGUAGUAUUUUUUUUUCAAAGAGAAAGUCGAUGAAGAGAAUCGAUCAAAAUCACUUUCACCCCUGCUUCCAAGUUUCGUUACAAGAUUACAACUCUGGAGAGCAUUUUGUGUGGUCGUUAGGGGGUGUGUAGUUCUGAAUAUGGACAAACAGGCACAGAUAAAUUCUAUUACAACUCUUACUGUAAUAAGCUUGUUGGCCCUGAAAUGGGCCGUUUUGUUUCAAAAGUUGGUGAUGAUUUAAUCUCCGAAACCGUACAGAGUGCGUCUGUCGCCUCAAAGCGUAGAUGACAUCCAUGGCCGCUUACACUUGGCAUUUACAGUGUAGGAUCU